AUGGCCGACAUUACGUUAUAUUGUUACUUUCUAGGUACUCCUAUUAAUAGUGCCAUUCCGGUUGACAUUGGCGAAACGACCCGCGUUGAAGGAGUUGAUGUCCCUAUUGAAAAAUUCUCCUUUGGACAUCUCAAGAAACAAAUAUUGCCCAACAACAAUGAAGCUAAUAAACUGAGGCUAUGGAAGUUCGAAACCCCUUUCAAAAAAUAUAAUGAGAAGUUAAAAAUACUUAACGAGAAUUUUCAUAAUGAUACUGACCUUGAACAAGAACUUGGUGAAGAUUUGAGCCCAGGUGAAUUGAUUAGAACGAUUUUUCCGGUUGGUUAUGUAUUUUCACCUAAUCACAUCCACAUCAUCGUGCAACCACCAUCUUCGCCCGCCACCACUGGGACACCGGGUGAACCUAAUUCUAUUUUUAAAGAAUUCCUUGAAAGUAGACACGGUCAAUUCCUCAAAACGUACAUAGAAAAAAAUGACUCAUUGCCACUAUUUGAUUCAGAAAUACUUAAAACACCUGUACCCACUCUUAAAGGGCGACCCAGUCUUUUAUUAUAUAAUCUUCCCGGAGGUGACCAUCAACCAAAUACUCAGGUUACAAAAAUUCAAUCUGCAAUGAAAAAAGCAAAAAACAACUUGUUAGUUCUGCUGGGGACAUCCGGGUGUGGUAAAACUAGAACGUGUUAUGAGUUAUUAUGUUGUAAUUGGGGACUUUAUUUUGUAGCAUUACGCAAGGGAAAUGGAGGUUCGUGUGACAUUGAAUCGAUCGAAGGUUACCUACGGCUGAAUAAUAUGAUAACAGAUGAUUUUGAAAGUAAUCGUCAACAUGCUGAUCAUAUUGUUCGUUGUUUAAUUCUUUCUCGGCUACUUAUAUUAAAUGAGUGUAUCAAAAAAUCAACAUUCAAACCACAACGCUGGUUCUUGCUACAGACCUACCAGAACAUAUUCGGAGGCAUGUAUAAAUAUAAUGAUGAUUUAUUUUGUGCACUUAUGCUUAAACUCGUUAAUUGCACACAAGUCUCUUUGGAACAAUGCAUUGAUAAUUUAUACCAAAAAAUCCUGGAACUUAACGGAACUACUGUUUUUCCUAUUAUCGUUGAUGAAGCACAAUCGCUUCAAAUGACAUUGAAAAGACCGACACCAUCUUUUACAAAUCAUUGUGUUAUUCCAUGUGGUACUGGACUUGGACUUCUUUCCCUUGAUGAAGUUUUUGCUAGUACAGGAAUUGCGAAACCGGAUCUUGACAUAGAUAAAUUUACAGAUUUCGGGAAGUGGAGGGACAUUGCUCAUGUUAAAGAAUAUAUUAGUGAUCUGUUAGAAUUGAAGGUAACAGAAGAGAAUAUUGAAAAUAUUUAUAGUCACUUUCGUGGCCGAUUUCGGCCCAUUGUUACUUGUAUAGAAAGAAUCAUCAUGGGUAAUUUGAUUGAUGAUGUUGUUGAAAAACUUUGGACAGAGCUAACAACAAACAGUAAUAGUGAGCAAUCAAUGUAUCGCCAGCUAUCCAACAUUUCUACUAUGGAACGGCCUAAUUUUGUGUCAUCAGUAAAUAAUCUUGAUUUGUGUUUAUGUAUAACGCUUGCCUACUAUUACUCUGGCGGACCAUUUUUAUUCACUAAUUUCAAGCAAAUGAAGAUAAUUGAAUAUGGUUUUGGGUAUCUUCAGAAGGUAAAGCCACCAACCAUUACUCAGCUAAAGCCAAUCUUUAAAGACAAAGUUAAUGAAAGAGUGUUGCGUACUUCAAGUGUUGAUUUAUCAUUAUUAUCUUCUUCAAGUGAAAAUGAGGAUAUUUUAGUUGCUUAUGUUGACGAGCCUUUUGCUCUUACUAGUGCUUACAACUUUUUUAAAGACAAGGACUGUCUGCCAAGGAGAAUUCUUGACAUUAUGUCCAUGGUUAAUAAUCCAAGUUCUUGUGGCUUCCUAUGGGAAAAGUAUUUACCUGAGGAAUUUGAGCGAAUUUUCAAUGGCCAGAAUAACAUUGAGGAUCUGCAGAUAUUUUUUACUAACAUCCCUGAUAAUUUUAAGGGAUCACCAAAGAUCGUCAAAUCUUCUAACAUUUUUACACCACGAGUGGCAAACUCAACUACAGGUUACACGCUAGAUAAAUUUUUUAGUGAACCAUCCGAGUCUCGACCAACAUUUUAUUUCCCAGAAAAUCUUUGUGGUCCUGAUUUAAUUUUCUUCGUUGAGUUUGAGAAUAAUAUUAGAGUUCCUGUUUUUGUUCAAAUGAAACUGCGUUAUUCAGUUAGUGUAAUUGAGGAGGUACUCAGUACGCUUCAUCCAAAAAUGUUUUAUAGGAAUAUAAACGGAAAAUUAGUUUCAGAGAAAACGAAUAAACCUGUCAUUGAGAAAAUAACAAAACUAUGUGAAGAAAAUGGAUCCAUUGGCAUAUUGGUUGCCUACCCAGCUGAUAUAUUCAACAAAUUUAAUUUAGUCACAAAUAUGUCAUAUGAUUAUGAUUUAAGAGAAUCAACAAAAAAUCAAUUUAAUGUCACGCAACAAAUGAAGGAACAACUCAUUGGAUUAAUUGAUAAAAGAAAUGCGUCAAAAGUCUUUCAGGGAGAUCAUAUGCAAUUCCUAAAAGCUUUAAAGAGUACCGCGGAAAAGGAUGAAGAGGAAAAAUCAGUUGAAAAGAGGGGAGAAGGUAGCAAAUCGAGAAAAAGGCGAGAUGAAGAGGAAAAAGCAGAUGAAAAGAGGGGAGAAGGUAGCAAAUCGAGAAAAAGGCGAAAAAGUACUAAAGUAUUGAAUCUUCACAAAAAAUUAUUUGUCUGUUUUAAUUCAUGA